ACGGACAGGCACGGACGCAAGUCAUAGCUGUGUAUCUAUGCGCACGCGCAAGUCGUCAAAGCACACAGUAUGGUCGGUUGUCACCCCAGUCGUGAUUAUUACUCGUAGCCUAACCAUCGAAAAAAGGGAGGAAAAGAAAUGGCUCUACGAAAAUGCGACAAAUUCUACGCUUUCUCCAAAACGGUAUGGACGUGCUCUAGCUGGGUGUGUGACAAAUCUCUGCCUGCGUGAGGUCAGAUUUCAACUUAUCGCUUAACGCACGCCCAAGGAUUUACAAACAUUCUAUUUACGUGAGAAAGGGUCAUCUGACGGACUCGAAAUGGAAGCGUUCAACCUCUUCGUGGACAUGGGGUCAAGUGCAGGUAGUUCACACUUUUAUACGUCAGCUUCAGCAGUACCAUUUCGAAGUUUGCCGGAAGAGGGAAGAUACGACUUCAGCGUUUACGGCCCGCCGUCCAAGGGCCACACGAGAGAACGGAGCGGGGGAAACAUAGUAAAACAACGAUGUUAUAGCUCGCUAGACGACAUCAACAAUGCUGCAGUGCCUUCAAGUUCGUCGGAACCACCGCCGUCCCCCGAAAAAAUGAAAGCGCGACUGCUGUCCGUGUGGAACAACGUGAAGUACGGUUGGACAGUCCGCACAAAGACCACGUUCAGCAAAGACGCGCCCAUAUUUCUGUUGGGCGUUAUGUACCACCACAAAGUGCAGGGAUAUUGCGAUGGUGUCAAUCGAAGCUUUCGCGAUUUCAUGGAAGACUUCGCGAGCCGCCUGUGGUUCACGUACCGACGCGAUUUUCCUGCCAUACCCGGUACGGACAUUACUACUGACUGUGGUUGGGGCUGCAUGUUGAGGAGUGGACAGAUGAUUCUGGCGCAGGCCCUGCUGAAUCAUAUGACGAGCAGGCAGUGGAGGUGGAACAGCAAACAUAGUGAAGCCAAUGACUUUUUGCAUCGUUACAUUCUUAAAUGGUUCGGUGACAAACCCGGAAACCAUUUCUCGCUCCACGAACUCAUCCGGGCCGGCCACCAAGGUGGCAAGAAGGCGGGCGACUGGUAUGGGCCUUCCAGUGUUGCCUACAUCUUAAAAGACGUCGUAGCAGAGGCGGCACGUCACGAACUAAAGCUGAAAGACCUCUGCAUCUACGUGGCACAGGACUGCACCGUCUACCUGGAAGAUGUUGCCGCCUUGUGCACAUCGAAUGGAACCACGGCGUGGCGCAGCGUCAUCCUACUGGUCCCUGUUCGGCUUGGAGGCGACAAGAUGAACGAAGCAUACGUGCCGUGUGUUCAGGCAAUGCUGGCGUCGAAGAGCUGCAUCGGGAUCAUUGGGGGACGUCCGAGGCAUUCCUUGUACUUUCUUGGGUAUCAGGAGGACAAGGUAAUCUAUAUGGAUCCUCACUACUGCCAGGAUGUGGUGGACACUCACACUACAGAUUUUUCAGUUGAGUCCUUUCAUUGUUCAUGGCCUCGGAAGAUGUCCUUCGCAAGAAUGGAUCCCAGUUGUACCAUAGGAUUUUAUUGCAAGACCAGGCAUGAGUUCGACAGUUUCGUAGAGAACAUAAAGGAGCUGACAGUUCCGGAACGUUCGCCACAAAAGUACCCAGUGUUCCUCGUCGCAAAUGGGAGUUCUGCCAGCAAUUCUGACAUGACACCUGACCUUCAUGGUGAUGACAGAAUCCUCCACGUUGUACAACACUUUGUACAUAGCGAUGGCACCGUCCGCCGCAACUCUGAAGAUUACGUCAUGCUUUAACCUUGCGCACUCUCACAUCGCAGGGACAGCGCAAACUUCGAUCGGUAGAGGUCACGAAGUACACGUAUUGGCAGCUUUUGCCCGUGGAGUCAGCAUGUUGCGCGUACAGAAGGUUCGUGAGAAACCUGUAGUUGAUCCGCGUAAUUUUAUCUACUGUUCUACAGCAUAAUGUGUAGUGGUAACAGUUAAUGUUGAACUUCUUAGUUGCUAUGUGUGUUGCACGAUGUACUACAAUAAAUUACUGUGAACGUGUGUCAACCAAAUCGGUGCAUUAUGCGACAGUAUAUGGAAGUUUAUAAGCAUCACCGAGCCUACCAUUUUGCUGUAAGUGCAGUUACAUAGAGCAUUGACUGAAAUGUGCAAUGUCUUUAUUGAGAGAAUAUGGAUUUUGUGUAUUUUCGUUAUAUUGCAAUUUUUUUUAUUGUUUGUGGAGCACCACAGACAUUCUUGUAUAAACUGUUUUAAAAUGUCUAUGGAAUAAAUAAUUCAUUUUUAAAAAAUAAAUAAAAUGUUUAGUGCAGUGCUAUCACAGUGACACUAAAUUUAUUUAGUGCCACUGUGAUAGCACUGCAUUGUGAUACCCUUCACUGAACUAAAGUGUCAGUUCAGUUGAUUAAAUGAAAGUGCAAGUUGUUGGUUGUGUCUGUGUUGAAGACAUGGAGGCAUGUGGGAGAUACUGUGAGGCAUUAGAUAUCAGGCAUGCAAGUGCAUAAUGUAUGCACACAGUGAGAGAUAUGGUUCUCACUCUCUCUCUGUACGUCUGCAUUCAACAAGCUGUGCCUUCUAGAGCAUGUCACGAUGUCAUAUGUUACAGCCAUAUGUUACAGCCAUAUGUUACAGGUUCAUAUCAGUGCAAAUAACGGUCAUGUACAUCAACUCAACAUACGAUGUUCAUGCUGUGAAAUGUUAUAAAACAUGCUUACCUGGCCGAUAAAAGCAAGGGCAGCAAAGUUUGUUGAAACUGAACAAGGUUUAAUACAGCUAGUCAUUGAUGAACAAGUACUUGUAACAGUUGAGAUGUUGUCUAAUCUUGUGGAGUCUGGACUAUCUUUUUCAUUUUAUGUACAGCAGGGUAGUGAUAUCAGAGAGUCGAACCGAACCUAAAACAAAAACCGUUAUUAACCGUUAUUUUUAGCUGAACUGGAACCAAACCGAAACUAUUGGCACCAUCUUGGAGCUGAGUUGGAAUUGAUGCGUUAAAAAAAUUUCGGUGACAGGUUCCAGUCACGGUUCACACCUAUCCCCAAAUUACAGACUGUGGCAGAAAUUUGAAUUACGCUAUGUAGAGAGUGACUAAUGUACGCCAAUGACUUUCAUAUGCCACUUUAAGAAAAAAACUGAGUUGUAGCAUCACAAAGGAGGAUGUGCAAAGGACUAAAAGGACUAAAUUUACUCUGAUCAAAUUCAGACCUUUUAGGAACUAAAUGAAUUGCUACAGCCAUUAGUCCCUUUCUUGACUAAAUGCAGCGUGGCAACUGCAUUUCACACUUUGUCCUCAUAGUCCUUAUGUACAUAAUCCAUGAGUAUGAAUGAAAAUACUUUGAAUUAAACCGUGAGCCGUGAUAUAUUGAGUAAGAUAAAAUCUUGUGACACGCAUAAAACAAAUUUUCCAACUAAGAACCGCUAUUUCUUACACUGUGGGGAAAACAAUUGCUUAAUUAUAUAGUCUACCAUCACAUUCACAAAAACACAUAUUUAUGUAGAUUGUUGCAUUCAGAGGACCAUUUGAGAAGUUUAGUAACUAUCUGAUGUCCUGGGGAGUAAAUGUCAAUGCAAGGGGAUGAAAAUGAGGAGUAAAUGGAACAUAGGGACCUAAAAGAUGUAAUCACUCCCCAGUCUAUAUGGAAGCACCCCUGUCCUCAACGUCUCAAGAGAACAUGUGAUUUAAUAGUACCUGUUCCUCGUCCUCCGUAUUAAACCAUCUCAAAAACCCGCCAUGACCAUUGCAAUUCCCUGCCCCAGUUCGCCAUACAAAAUUAAAUGGAACAACAAAAAUGUUACAACGCAAUACGCGUACCGAAGCUAAUUUUGCCUACAGCGACGUUCUGUUCGAGGGAAGUUUAUAUUAUUGAACCGGUUCGUGAGCUGGACCGUUUAGAAGUAACGGUUCGAUUCUCUGAGUGAUAUAGUAGAAUGCAGAAGGCGUGACAAGAAUAUGAGAGCAUUUACAUUCUGCAUGUAAGCUGGGAUGUUAUGUUUGUACCAUGUUCCAUAAACAUUGAUAUAUUUUGAAGAAUAAUUUAUGUUGCUGCAAACAUACA